GGGGCCGGGCGGGGCGCGCCGCUGCCGAGCGCACCAUGCUCGGCGGGGGCUGGCGGAGCCUCGGCACCGCCCUGGUUGCGCUGGGAGCCGGGGCCCUGCUCCGAGCCGGGGUGCGCCGGGCGUUUUAAGCUGACUCACAGCCCCAAGUAGCACACUUCUGCUCCAAAGGAACUCUUGGCAGAACUUCUUGUGGCUGGGUUGAUUCUUUAAGAACUUCGUAUCUAUGAGGAAGAGUGGAGCCCAGGUUAUUUGCAUCUGGAAUCAGAUUUGCUCCUUGGAUUCGAUUAAACAUUUAACCAAAAGCAAAUAGGGAAGCACUGCUGUUGCAUCAAGGCAGCUUAUUGCAAGGAAAGUCCCUGCAGUGCACUCCUGGUAUCUGGCUGGCUGUGCAGAGCCCAUCUUCUCUCUGCAGCACUCUUCACUGUCCCAGGCUGACCUUUGUCCAAGCGCUCUCUCCCUGUUCUGUUUUCCUGCCCCUUGAAAUCUUCUCUCUGAUCAAGGUCCAGCACAGCUGCGAGCUGUCUUCCUGCACACGGAACACGAGCAGAGGAAGUCAAAGACAGUCACACAAGCCAACAUGAAGGUGGAGGUGCUCCCAGCGCUCACUGACAACUACAUGUACCUCCUCAUUGAUGAGGAAACAAAGGAGGCUGCAAUAGUGGACCCUGUGCAGCCACAGAAGGUUUUGGAUGCAGUCAAAAAGCAUGGCGUGAAGCUGACCAGUGUCCUGACCACACACCAUCACUGGGACCAUGCUGGAGGAAAUGAGAAGCUUGUAAAGCUGGAGACAGGGUUGCGUGUGUAUGGGGGAGACAGCAGAGUUGGAGCACUGACACAGAAAGUGUCUCACCUUACGUCACUCAAGGUGGGAUCUCUUAAUGUGAAAUGCCUCUGUACGCCGUGUCACACUUCUGGACACAUCUGUUAUUAUGUGACUAAGCCAAAUAGCUCCGAGCCACCUGCAGUUUUUACAGGUGACACGCUGUUUGUGGCUGGCUGUGGGAAAUUCUUCGAGGGAACCCCUGAGGAAAUGUACAGAGCACUGAUUGAGAUUUUGGGCAGCCUGGAUCCUGAAACGAGAGUUUACUGUGGUCAUGAAUACACUAUCAACAACCUCAAAUUUGCUCGACACGUUGAACCCAACAAUGUCAGCAUCCAGGAAAAGCUUGCUUGGGCCAAGGCCAAAUAUGACAGUGGAGAGCCAACCAUACCCUCCACCAUUGCAGAAGAGUUUACGUACAACCCCUUCAUGCGUGUGAGGGAGAAGACUGUUCAGGAGCACGCUGGGGAGACCGACCCCAUCCGCACCAUGGGAGCCAUCAGGAAAGAGAAGGACAACUUCCGCGUCCCGAAGGACUGAGCACUCUGCCUGUGUCACUUUACUGUCACUUAAUAGUAACUUAGACUGUUCAGAUGUUUUCGAAAUCUGUCGUGGUUCAGACAGUCCUAUUUAGGUUUCUAGUUUGUUUUAAUUAAGGAAAAAAAAAAAAGCACUUUGCCCUUGUUGAGAUAUUCUACAGCUUAUUUAUAUUAUGAUGAUGAAUAUUUAUCCCUCUGUUGCUGGCUCUCAAGCUGUCACGUGUGUCACAUGCAGCUCGUUUUACAAGUGUUGGUACGUGGCUCAGGGCUGGAGUGGGGAUGGGUCAGACCAUGAGGCCCAGGAACAAAUCCCUGUUACUGUUGUGGGCACCUGAUGUGAAUGCAGACUGUGGCACUGGGGCUGUUUGAAGCGACGUUCACCAUCUCCAUUUAAAACAGGAAUAAAAUGCAGUAACUGCGUUGCCAGCUGAAGAUUAAAGCUUUCCUUCCAUGCUGCUGCUUAUUCAGAGUGCCACUUCUGGCUGCAUUAAAACCACUUCCCGGUGGCGUAAAGCUGCAGUAGCUUUCCUAGGCAGAGAUUGCACUGUUGCUUCUGCCCUUUCUCUGUUAGCUGAAGCCUGCUUGCAUGCUCCUGAGCGUGAGCUGCACUUUACUUGUAGCCAUACACAGAAAGGAAGAAGGGAUUUGUCUGCUGGGAGGCUAUAGCAGGAGCAGAUGCACUGUGCUGCUGUGGAUGCCGCUUAACCCGCAGUGCUGUACUGAGCUCAUUACCACCUGCAUUCCACGCUGUGAGCCGGGUCUGCUGUGUGUGAGCAGAGUGUGGUGGAGCACCGCUUCUUUAUUUGUUUAAAAAAUAAUAAUAAUUACUUUUUUAAUGUAUUUCAGGAAAAAAAAAAAGAAAAAGAAAGGUACCUAAAAUGUUACUGACUUCUUAAACGCUGUGCUGCUACAACUGAGCAUGACUGUACUGACAGCUGAGGAAAUAAACACAGCUGUGAACAGCG